CAGCGGUUUCGCGCCCCCAACGUCGCCGCAGGCCUCCCGGCCCGUCCGCCGGCCCGCCUGCGCGCGCGCCGCCGUUGGCGCCGGCAUGUCGGGCCCCGGGCCGCGGGAGCCGCCGCAGGCGGGCGGGCCGGCGGGCCCCGAGAGCGCGGACGCUGCGCCGGGCGAGGCGGGGCUGAGCUUCGCGCCCACCGACCUGAGCCUGGUGGAGAUGACGGAGGUGGAGUACACGCAGCUGCAGCACAUCCUCUGCUCGCACAUGGACGCGGCCGACGGCGAGCUCGACGCGCGCCUCGGCUCGGCCUUCCUGGCGGCGGCGCCGAGCGCGGCAGCGCCGGGCGGCUUCGCGGCGGGCGGCGCGGCGGCGGGCGGUGCGGCGCCCGUGUACCCGGUGCUGUGCCCGCCCGCGCUGGCCGACGGCGGCUUCGCGGGCGCGGCGCCCUGCCUGGGCCACGUCGACUUCCAGGAGCUGCGCAUGAUGCUGCUGAGCGAGGCGGGCGCGCCCCCCGCGGCCGAGAAAACGCCAGGCGCCAACGGCCCGGGCGUCGCCCGCCCCAAGGCCGACGGCAAGGAGAACGCGGGGGCCGAGGGCGCUCCCGAAGCGCGGGCCAAGUCGGCCGUGCGCGUCCGCCUGGAGGACCGCUUCAACAGCGCCCCCGCCGAGCCCCCGCCCGCCCCGCGCAGCGCCGAGCCCCCCGAGUCGGGCGUGGCGCUCAACAAUUUGGUAACUCUUAUUCGACGUCCAUCCGACUUAGUGAAUGUUCCUCUUCAUCAGCAACAAAACAAAUGCACAACCGUGAAAAAUAAAACCGCGGCUGCAGCUGCCUUGCAGUUGACGUACCCUCUGUUCACUGCAAAUGCCUGUUCUGCUGGUGGGAACGCUAGUCUUCCACAGACACAGAGUUCUGGUAACUCAUGUGCUAUACUUGAAGCUGCCAAGCACCAGGAUAUUGGAUUGCCUAGAGCAUUUUCUUUCUGUUAUCAGCAAGAAACUGAAUCCACGAAACAGACUUUGGGUGGUAGAAACAAAGGUUUACCUGAGCAGGUUUGGAUUAAAGUGGGAGAAGAAGCGCUAUGUAAGCAAGCGGUCAAUAAGAGGAGUCGGAGCAGAAUCCACCAGCCAGAUAUGGAUGUACAGCGAAGGGCCCUGGGAGAGAUCCAGAAUGUGGGCGAGGGUUCUGCUGCCACACAGGAUGCCUGGCAGUCGGUGGAGUCCUCACAGGCGAGCCUCGGGGAGCAGGCGCAGAGUGGGCCGCCAGGAGGGCGGUCUCAGCGCAGGGAGCGGCACAACCGCAUGGAGAGAGACAGAAGGCGCAGAAUCCGCAUCUGCUGUGAUGAGCUGAACCUUUUAGUCCCGUUCUGCAACGCUGAGACUGAUAAGGCAACAACUCUGCAGUGGACGACGGCGUUCCUGAAAUACAUUCAGGAGAGACAUGGGGAUGCUCUCAAAAAGGAAUUUGAAAGUGUAUUUUGUGGUAAAACUGGCAGAAGACUCAAGUUGACCAGACCAGACUCCUUGGCGACGUGCCCUGUGCAAGAGGGUCCGCAGAGCACCCCUGCCGUGGAUGUUAAGUAAGGAGCCGAAUGCCAGGUCCUGGAGAAACCGGCCAUUCCUUUGCGACCACAAACAUCUGCGCAUCCCCGAACUCUGCGCUGAUAGUCUGCCUUGAAAGGGACAUGGCUGGAGUUGAGGGGCUCCGGUGGGACUCUGAAAGCAGAUUUUUAAGAAUAUCUAGAACAAAUUACUUUACAAAUGUCCUCUUAGACCAUUUGGGGAUGAAGACACCUUGACAAUUAGUAAUUUUUAAAUUAUCUGUCUGAUUUCAUCAUGUUUUCUUAACAUGAUAACUUAAAAAAAUUAACAUCCUUUGUAAUUUCUUUAGUCUUAAAAGGUACAUUGCUUUUUACUUAUUUUAUUUACAUUUUAAAUAUGCCCUCUUAGCAACUAGAACAAGUUAAAUAGUUCUUAACUAGAAGUAGUUUGAGAUUUUAUCUCAUUUGUUUCUCACUCCCCCUUGUAAUGGUCCCAGUGGAAAGGUGCAUGUCACAAAAGGCAGUCCUGUCCCUACCCUUCCGCGGGGCGCCCACCAGACUUCCCGGAAGGCCCCUUUUGUCCACGUGAAACAUUGUCACGGCGGGUGGCUUCGGGGCCUUUGCUUUCACCUGGAGGGUCAUGCUUGCUAUGUAAUAAACUGUAGUGUUUGGAAUGGA